AUGGCAUCUGCCAGUUUGGUUUUUGUCUGGCUACUGCUCACCAUGAGGAUGGUUACCUCGGCAGUCUAUCUGGAGUCUGAGGCGGAGGAACUUAAUGAAACUGUCAUUUGCACCAACGACCGUAUGGAGCUUGUUAUUCCAAGCGCUUUUUUUCUCAACAAAGUUCCUCCUGUUUACGCUUGGGAUUUGCAUUUAAAUGAUCUGGAGUGCCGUGGUGAUGUAGUCGGAGAGGACUAUGUUUUCAGCAUUAAGACAAAUCUGUCAGAUUGCGGCACUAUAAUGCAGUUCUCUCAGUACUCAAUUUCUGCGAUUUACAAGGUUUUUGCACAGAAGCUGAGGAAAGCCUCAGAUGACACACACAUGGUGUUCAUAAACACCAUACACAACAACUACUCAGAUAUUAUCACAAGAAACUACAUCAACAUAACAUUUGCGUGCCGCUACCCCAUCAACUACAUGGUCCAACAGCCCAACGGAGAAAACAUGAUCAGAGUGGACAUCAGACCUAUCACUCUGAACACUGAGGAUGGGAAUUUCUCAGUGUCAAUGCUGCUGUACAAAGACGAAGCCUUUGAGGACAGGUGGACCACUGUGCCAUCGCUGACUCUGGAGGAUAACAUCUUUGUAAAAGUUUUCAUGAUACCUUCUCAUCUGCAGCUGCGUAUGGAGAGAUGUUGGGCUACGCCGACCAGUGAUCCAUACAGCAAUAUUCAUUACACCUUCAUCGCAGACAGCUGUCCAGUGUUGACCAACGACCAGACUCUGAGCGUGCUGAAGAACGGUCAGGGCCCAGAGGCCACGUUCAGGAUACAAAUGUUUAAGUUUGUCGGCAGCUCUUAUACCAACGUCUUCCUUCACUGCAACGUCCAGAUCUGCCACAGUGGUCCUGGUCUGUGUCAGCCUAACUGUUCCGGUGAAGAUGGAUUACUGAGAACACGGAGAGAAAUACCACUGUCCCAUACAGUGUCUUACGGACCCAUAAGACGACUAUUAAACCACAGUGAAAAUCCCAGUCUAGAUGCAGGAGGAGUCCCAGCUGUGGAGACCUUUGUCCUUGGAGGACUGCUGCUUGUCUUGCUGCUGGUAACAGGAGUCUUUGGGAGGUUGUGGCUUCGCUCCAGACAUUUCUACCCAGCACGGGAAGCACAGCUUACCCUGUCCAACAUUCAUCACAUCUCAGAAGUGGCCUCAUGAAUUAUAUGGACUUUAUAGAAUUAGUAAAUGGACACAGGAAAACAUACGUACACGCGUUUUUAUAAUAAUGUUAUAUGUUUUGUGUAUUAUGCUCAUUAGAAAAAAUUUUUGUUUGAUUUGUAAAAAGC